AUGACCCAGAAGGUGGUUCUGAUCACCGGCUGUUCCUCAGGGAUCGGCCUCGCGCUGGCGACCCGGAUCGCAAAAGACGAGAAGAAGAGGUUUAUGGUCUACGCCACCAUGAGAAACCUGGCUAAGGUCGAGCCGCUGGUUGAGGCGGCCGGCCGGACGCUGGGCAGGACGAUGGAGAUCAAGCAGCUGGAUGUGUGCAGCGAGGAAUCCAUCAAAGCUUGCGUGGACAGCCUACCAGAGCGCAGGGUGGACAUCCUCAUCAGUAAUGCUGGGAUGGGGCUGAUCGGACCCAUCGAGUGUCAGUCCAUCGAUGAGAUGAAGACGGUCAUGGACACCAACUUCUUCGGUCUAGUGCGACUGCUGAAGGAAAUCCUGCCUGACAUGAAAAAGAGGAAAAAAGGCCACAUUGUGGUAAUCAGCAGUGUGAUGGGCAUUCAAGGAAUCUUAUUCAACGAUGUCUACGCAGCAUCCAAGUUUGCUGUGGAAGGCUUUUGUGAAAGUUUGGCAGUUCAAGCCCUGAGGUUCAAUCUAAACAUCAGCCUGAUAGAACCAGGUCCAGUGAUCACAGAGUUUGAGCGUAAGGUUUACGAAGAAGGCAUGAAGACGGACCUCAGCAAAGCCGAUAAAAUCACUGCCGACAUGUUCACAAACAUCUACCUGAAGAACUACAACCAGAUCUUUGAAACCCUCGGUCAGACAGCAGAGGAUGUAGCAGAGCACACCCACAAAAUCAUCACCAUGGACAAUCCUCCUUUCCGCCAUCAGACAAACACCCUCUACACCCCCAUGACCACGCUAAAGUAUGCCGACCCCAAUGGAGACCUUCCCAUCGACACGUUUUACAAAAUGGUGUUUGAACACGACAAAGUCUUCAACGCCAGCCUGAAUUUCCUCAAGCUGCUGCGCUGGAGAAGCCGCAAGAGUUUUACCUUAGAAAAAGAUAAGAGCAGCUGAGAGGAUUUAGCAUCCAUACGUCCUGCUCUGUGUCUGUGUGUGAGGAAUAUA